UUAAACAUACUGCCACACAUUCCUUGGAAAAAUUUGAAAGGGUAAACAAAAUAUGGAGAAAAAUCGUACUCUGUGGUCCACUGCCUCCCCAAGCGCUUUAUUCAUAGGUUCUCUCCUUCAGCAUUGUCGUCUGCAUCUGAAGGCGUUACAGACCAGGAAACAAAGCACAGAGGCGUUGAAGAAUUUCGUCAAAGACAUGAAGGAGCAGACGAAGGAGAUCAGUUAUGAACUGGAGGAGGAACCACCUGACACUCAGCGGUGGUACAUACGCCGCAGGUCAGACAACACCGCACCACUGCCCGUGGCUAGUCUUAGAUCAAACAAGGACUGCGAAGAUGUGUAUUGUGAGUUAUGUCAGUGUAUGUUUAAGAAGGCGGAAAAGCAAUAUCCUUGUAGAAUCUGCGAAGGAAUUUUCCACAAAGACUGUGUCAUGGGCAUCAAAAACCUCCACCCGUCCCACAAAUCCACCAUAGAGCGGGCAGAUACCAAAGUAGGAUGGAGUUGUCCAGCUUGUGAUGAUCUGAGUCUGUUACUGUCCGAAGACGAGUUGAACAAUAUUUUGCAAACGUUCGACGAAGAAAUCAAUCCAAAGGGAGAUCAUAUCUCUUUUGAGGAAUUUCUCGCUUUCAAAAAACGUCAACAUGACAUAACGGAAGAAGAUCACGAUCACCUUCGCCUGGAAUUUCAAUUGGUCGACACCGACUCCAACGGACAAAUUGACUGGUGGGAGUUUCUAACGUAUCAGGCCAAAAUGAGGCUCUUUUCUCGUAGCCAGGAGGAGUUAGUGGACCUCCUGACAGUGAAGGAGAUGGAGGUGGCGCAGUCUGCAUUUUCUCGACUGAAGUUAAACAAGAGUGGGAGGGUGUCCCCAGGGGAAUCAAGGCGGCUUCUGUCAGAAUGGUACCGGUUUCUAGAUGGUCAUGGCGGAAAAGAUGAUGUUCUUGAUAACUAUGCAAGACUUGUAUCCACAAGAGUUAUGGCUCUUGAUAAAACUCCAUUGCAAGAUUUUUCCUGGAAAGAGUUUUUGAUGGGACAAGCCAAGUAUAUCAUUGGAGCGCGUCCUAACAUGGUCAAAAUUAAAUGAGCAAAGUACUUUAUUAGGUACAAGUAUAUGUCGCCAG